AUGACGACGGUAAAGGUUAACUGGGACAGCAGCGAGCACCGCCGGUGCAUCGCCGCCUGCCUGGUCAAAGGGACUUACGUUAUGGAGAGCGACCGGACCAAGGGCAGGCUGGGCACCUGCAGGGCGCUCGCGUCGGCGUGGUGGGAGAGUUUCCACUUCCGCCUGCACGACGUGCUCCACUGCGAGUGCGACUGCGUCUUCUGCCGCAACCCGUUCAAGUUGGGAGCCCAGCGCUGGUCCAUCUACGGAGCCAUCCUCGAGCACGUGCCCACCGCCGCCGGCGGAGAGCUCCGCCGCAACCCGUCGGCUCCGCGCUACAUCGUCGCCUUCCGGGGCACCAUGCCGCCGUCCCACCGCGGCGACACGCACGCCAACGUCGAGCUGCUGCUCAACCGGCAGCACGGCUGCCGCCGAUACCUCGACGCGCGCCCCAAGGUCGGCGAGCUCCUGGACACGAUCGCCUACUACGACUACACCAACUACGGCUGUGUCGCCGCCGUUUGGCUCGCCGGGCACUCGCUCGGCGCGUCGAUCGCGCUGGACGUGGGCCGGCACAUGAUGACCGACGACCGGCGGCGCAACCUCCCGGCCUUCCUCUUCAACCCGCCGCAGGUGUCGGUGGCGCCGCUGCUCAACGCGCUGCGCGUCCCCGACGUGGCGAGGAGGUUCCUGUUCCGUGUCAGCUACGCGGUGAAGGCGAAGCUAGGGGCGACGACGGAGCUGAGGCCGCUCGAGAGGAAGAUGGAGGAGCUGUUCGAGCGGCUGGCGCCAUGGGCACCGGAGCUGUACGUGCACGAGAGGGACAUCAUCUGCUGGGGCUUCAUCGACUACUUCGAGCAGCGGCAGAACAUGCUGGUGGAUGGGUCCUCGCAGAUAAUUUGA